CUCAAAUCAUGGAAAACAUAAAUGUUGAGUCGGUGGAGAAGGAGUGCGGCGCGCUCGGUGGACUCUUCCAGGCGAUCGUCAAUGACAUGAAGUGUUCAUAUCCGGUCUGGGAGGACUUCAGUGCCAAGGCUACCAAGCUGCAUGCCCAGCUCCGAACAACCGUGCUUGCAGCAGUGGCUUUUCUGGAUGCAUUUCAAAAGGUGGCAGACAUGGCAACCAACACGCGAGGAGCCACCAGAGACAUCGGCUCAGCACUGACCAGGAUGUGUAUGCGCCACCGCAGCAUCGAGGCCAAACUACGCCACUUCACCAAUGCUCUGAUGGAAAGCCUGAUCACCCCUCUGCAGGAGCGGAUUGAGGACUGGAAGAAAACCGCCAAUCAGCUGGAUAAAGACCAUGCCAAAGAGUAUAAACGAUCUCGUCAUGAGAUAAAGAAGAAAUCUUCAGACACUAUGAAACUACAGAAGAAAGCAAGGAAAGGCCGCGGGGACCUGCAGCCUCAGUUAGACAGUGCCAUGCAGGAUGUGAAUGAUAUGUACUUGCUGAUGGAGGAGACGGAGAAACAGGCAGUACGGCGCGCCCUGGUGGAGGAGAGAGGACGCUUUUGCACCUUUAUCAGCCUCUUGCAGCCUGUAGUGAAUGGAGAAAUUGCCAUGCUGGGAGAGAUCACACAUCUGCAGGCUAUUAUUGAUGACCUCACUGUGCUAACGACUGAUCCACACAAGCUUCCUCCUGCCAGUGAGCAGGUGAUAAAGGAUCUAAAAGGUUCAGACUACAGUUGGUCCUACCAGACACCUCCUUCCUCCCCUAGUAGCUCUGGAUCCAGAAAAAGCAGCAUGUGCAGCAGUGUGAACAGCGCCCACAGUAGUGCCUCUCGCUCAUCGGGAGGCUCACAAACUCACUCACCCAGUUCGUCCUGUCGCUACCGCAGCCUGGCACAUCCGCCUCCAGGAGGUGCCCACCGCCUCAGCAGUGUCUCCUCCCACGACUCGGGCUUCAUCUCUCAGGAUGCCAACAUUUACUCCAAACCUCCCUCACCCAUGCCCUCGGACAUCACCAGCCAGAAGUCAUCAAGUUCAGCAUCUUCAGAAGCCUCAGAAACAUGUCAGUCAGUGAGUGAAUGCAGCUCUCCUACAACAGAUUGGUCCAAGGCAGGCUUGCAAGAGCAAUCAGCGGCCAACACGCUCCAGAGGAGGAAGGAGAUGAGAGAAUCAGAGUCAUCGCCCCAAUCUCAAGGUUAUGCUGGGAUGCAUCCUGAUGAUCCACAGAGGCCCAGGAUGGCCGCCUCCACCAUUACAGUUAAGCAUGGUGAGGAUAUGUCGCCAGCAGCAAGUGACCUGGCCAUGGUGCUGACCCGUGGCCUCAGUAUGGAACAACAAAAGAGCAGCAGAGACUCACUUCAAUACUCCAGUGGAUACAGCACUCAGACGACCACACCGUCAUGCUCUGAGGAUACUAUUCCCUCCCAGGCCUCCGAUUAUGAUUGCUACUCUGUAAACGGUGAUACCGAAGCUGACGGCCAGUCAGAAUUUGAUAAAUCAUCAACAAUCCCACGGCACAGCAAUAUUGCUCAGAACUACCGCCGCAUGAUCCAGACGAAACGGCCAGCCAGCACAGCUGGCUUGCCAAGUGCCAUGGGUGCCCAGGGAGGCUCUGGUGGUGGGGGUGGAGGAUCAGGGACUCCUGGUACCGCCACCAUCCGCCGAACACCUUCCACAAAGCCUGGUGUGAGGCGUACACUCUCCAAUGCAGGCCCCAUCCCUAUCCGGCCACCCAUAGUGCCAGUUAAAACACCUACUGUGCCUGACUCGCCCGGUGGUUACCCAGGGCCUCCAGCGCGUGUGGGCAGUGAGGAGUGUGUGUUCUUUGCAGCAGAUGAUGCCUCUCCUGCUGCCCUAGAGUAUGUGAAGGCUUCCCCGAAACGUCUGAGCCUGCCCAACGCAGCCUGGGGCACAGCGGGUGCUGAGAUGAGUGUGUAUGGCCAACCAGGAGAAGAAGACCAGCUGCUAGCCGCUAACCGUCACAGCCUGGUAGAAAAGAUUGGUGAGCUGGUGGCCAGUGCCCAAGCCCUGGGAGAUGGCCAGUACCCUUUUCCCUCAAUGGCAGCAGAGGGCCAGAGCGAUCCACAAAGUAAAUGUCCCCCGCAGGAAGGAGAGGACAUGCUGGUAUCUAUCCGCCGAGGCGUCCGGCUGCGCAAGACCGUCUCCAAUGACCGCUCAGCACCACGCAUAUUGUGACAGCUAUUAGAGAGAUAAAUUGAAGGUGCGGUUUCUAAGAAGCACUAAGCACGGACUUUGUAGAGAACCACCUACGAAAAGAAGAGGAUUAAAAAAAAUUCAAUUCAGUGUUUAAAAGAAGUCGUUAUAGUAAAUAACGAUCAUGAGAAAAAAAAAUAGAAGUACAAUUCUAAAUAACAACAGGCUGAGGCCACUGUAACUUGUAGCGUGUCUGGACGCAUGUUUGUCUUAUUAACACUACCCAUCAUGGCAGGAUAGUCAGGCUCUAGCAAGACACUGGGCAGAUGCAAGAACAAAGAAUCAGUACAUUAGGGGACAAGGAUCUUUGGAAAGACAAAACAUCCCCUAAUUCUGGACUCCAGGAAUAAAUGCUGGAAAAGCUCAUCUAAUAAAUGGAGGACGGUCAGGGUGCACGGUCUUGUAAUAAGACUCUCCUCCCUGUAUUUCGCCCCACUGCCACCUCCAGCUGGGUGACAUCAUGCUGCCAGCCGAAACGACGGCAGCACAAGAGUCUGUGAUUGGUCAGUGUGACUGUCAGUCAAGCUGAAGAUGAGCGGGGCUCUGCUGCAGGUCAGCUUGUGGUUUUGGAAAUGAUCUUCUUUUAGCGAUCUGUUAGUUUUUUUGUUUUGUUUAAUUCUAAGCAAAUAAUCUUGAUUUCAGUACCUGAGGUUGAAGGUGUAUAUAUCAGGGGUAUGAUUUUUUUUAUUAUUAUUAAGAACUGACCUAAAAGAAAUGCCAAUAUAAUGUGGAGCAAUAAUCUUUCUGUUCAACGGUUGAAGAAAGACAGGAAUAGUUUAAAAAAUAUAUAGGUGCAGAGGUCGUAGGCAGGGCAAAGCCUUGGGUAUUUUGGUUAUGAUAUCAGGUGAAGGAAGUGGAAACAGAGAAGAACAAAGAGAAAGCCAAGCACUUUGAAGGCACAGUAUUGGCCAUUAGGGGUCAGUGUAGCUGCAUUGUGUACAGUAGAAGCUGAGAGGAGAAGGGCUGCUUAACCCUAAAAUUAGGAGGCGGGGACUUGGGGCAUGUAUGAGGGGCGGUCAUAAAAUUGUUAUUAUUGCUAAGAAAAGAUGAAAACGAACGCUGGUCGUGAGCUUAGUCUUUCUCUACAUCCUCCACCAAAGGUUACACACUUCUCCAACCAAUGAAUGGAUGAGCUGGUUAAGACCAUCUUUGAAUGAAUAAGCCUAGUUUUUGGCUCUUGAGGAAAAGUUCCACCUUGGGAAUCACCUCGAUUUCGUCAAAUGCCUGGCACGAAGUUAGUUCUUCUAGUGAAGGAAGGAGAAGACGUUCCUGGAUGCUAGUUGAGGCGGGGUGGGGUGUAGGUUUCACCGUUUUGUGAGCUGAAUGGGCUGGCACUUUAUUUUUUUCAACCGAGUGCACCAUUUUGGUUUUGACACUAUACCGUGGAUUUUUUAAACAAGAAGCAAUGUUCAAUGAACAUACUAAUUUCCGGAGACAUAAUCUGAGCGAAUAUUUUCCAUUUUUUCAUACAGCAAUAUGAAUUUUUUUGACUGCCCCUUGUAGGGCUAAGGUUCAGCACGGUUUGGUGAUGUUUGCAUGAUCUUACAAACUGUAAAUAUUAAAAAUUAAAUGAUCUUAGACACAAAUUUCACUUAUUUAUACACCUGUCUAGGAUCUUUUUUUUAAUUUAUCCAGAAACUUUUCAUAAAUUCAAUAAUACUAAUAAAUAUUUUAAAUCUAAAUUUCUCUUUUUCUUUUUUAAGUUAUAUAUAAAUAUGAAUAAUUUUUAAUGUUGAAUCAAUGAUAAAACUGGCUAGCUGGCUAACCUAUACGUUGACAACAUAUCUGAGACCUCUUUUAAUGUAAAUAUAGUCCCAAAUGGCCACUCAGAAUUGUUUAAAAGAUUUUUUUUUCUUUUAAGAUCCGACAAGACUUUUCCUUCUUCAAACUGAUUUAGAAAAAAAAAAAAACCCUGCUAUAGUCACCAAACUGGACUGACCUCUGGCCCAUACACAGCUGUAGUAGAGCAUAUCUGCCCUAACGCACAGUAUGUGGAAAAAAUAUUUGAAAUGGUGUGACAGUGAGAAGAGUGUAAAAAGAAAGUGAUUCAGAUGUGUAAGUGAAAGAGUGAGUUUGGGUUGUUUAGGGAUUUUUAUUUUUUGUUUGUUUUCUAACUCUUCCAAAUUGAAAGAAUAUAUAUAUAAUGUACUGUGGGGUGAGUUGGUUUCACCUUUAGAUCCUGAGCCUCCAACCACAGCCUCUCUGAUUCAGCUAGAAAUCCUGGAGGUUGGUAAAUGAGCUGAGAUGAAGGCACGAACCUGGUAGUCUUAUGAAAAUAAAAGGAAAGAGAUCGGUCUAGAGUCUAGUGUGGAACCACAGAGAGAGAGAGAAUGAGAAACACAGCAGGUAAAGGAUCAACAUUCAGUCCUUUAUAAUGUGAGCAUUCCACUGCCUGAUAUAGAAAAUAGGACAUGUUAUGAAAUUAAACGACGUGGCAUUUUUUUUUUUUUUUUAUCAAAUAUCGCAUGGACACAGCGGUUUCCUGUGAGUACCCAUUUCAAAGUGCGAUGAGAAAGAAUGCCUUUUUUUGGAUUUGGACUGGGUAAUAGGUGGCCAAAACACUGUUUUAGUCCUGUAGUAUCUGUCUGUGAGUGACCUUCUGUGCUCCCAUGGUUCACUAUAACCCCUGCCGUCUCGCAUAGUUCUGUCGCUCGAAACUAACACUACAUGUGCGACUAAAUGGACAUGUAAUACUUAUUAAUAUUUUCUGUUCGUUUUGGGAUUAUUUAUUUUGCAAAAAUAGAGCACUCUGUUUUAGGAAUGCCUGUCUUUUAGUAAUAAAAAAAAAAAACUGCUUUGCAGGAGUGUAUAAGACUGUACUGGAAGGAAUGGUGUGUGACAGGGGCACAAGACUGGUGUGUGUGUGUAUAUAUAUAUAUAUAUAUAUAUAUAUAUAUAUAUAUAUAUAUAUAUAUAUUUAUAUUUAUAUAUAUAUAUAUAUAUAUAUAAGCCAGGUGCAAUGAUGAUCACUCUUUCAGUAAGUACAGUAUAGCUCUGUAUAUAUAAAACCACAUAUAUACAGUAAAUACACAUAAUAUAGAAACAUGUGGACAAUAACUGUACUACUCUCACUGGAUAAAAAAACAGCUGACACGUGGUCCAGAAGGCAGAUAAAAUAUAGGUCAUGGCUAUGACAGCAAUAUAGCAGAGUUUCUAGUUAAAUUUAUGAAGGGGAAAAAAAAUACACCACGUCUAACAAUGUCAGUAUUUAUGUACUGUGUGAAUGUGUAACAUUCUAAUUUCUUGUCAUGCCUACUGUACAUUUCAUACUGACCCUGAUUCAGACCCAUGCAGUGAGUAUGAGAAGGACCAGGGGACAGAAGGAUGAAAGAAAAAGAAGAAGAAAAAGUACAGCACACAGAAAAGUACAGAGACAUGAAACCUUUUAUUAUUAUUAUUUUUUUUAAAGAAGCGUUUAAAUGGCCCUGGGAGACGGAGACAUUACAGAGAAGAAAAAAGAGUUAUCGUCCGCUCUGUUUCUCUCUAUCUGGGGUAUUAAUUUCCAGAUUUUUUUUCUUGCACAAUUUAAUCAUUUGUCAAUGAUCUGAUAACAUUUAUUAAUACCUAUACAUAUUAGAAACCCAGAUAGCUAAUAAGGGGAGACUUUUGUGUUGUAAAUUGAACAUCUACAGUAUCAGUGGACUAAAUAUAAGAAUUUUACUUGGAGGAAGGCGUUUUAAAUGUAAGGCUUUUUCUUUUCAAUCACAUUUAAAUGCAUAACUGCUGUGCACUCAAUAACGUUUUGGCUACCGUCUCAGAAUUUUAGCAAACUGCAUUAGCUUUCUGAAGUAGUUUAGACUACUCGGUGAAGAAUUGGGUAGACCUAUAAUGCCAUGCUUCCGAAUCAAGUCUACGCAGAACCUGCGCAAGUGUUAGCGAUUAUACUUGGUUGCUGGUGUGUUUGUGUCACGCUGUAAUUACACCACCAGACCACUAAGUGGCGGUUUAUUUAUGCAGCUGAUCUUGUUGAAGGUAGAGCUAAUUGGUUGCUAACUUUUAGUUUGCUGUUACUUUUAAUGAAAUGACUGCAACACAGAAAAGAGACAAUACGAUAUUUGCGAACUUCUUUGGUAAGUCCCUCUUUGAUUUGGUCAACUUUCAACUCAAUUAAAAAAGAAAGCGUAGAAGCAGAAGAAACUUGAAAUAUGAUGCUACCACAUGGACCAAUUAGAGUUAUUGCCAUCUAAAGACAUAGGAUACGUGGCUAUGCGUAGACUUGACACAGAAGUAGACUUCAGGCUUUAGCAUGCUUGAGUGUGAUUUACGUGAUGAUAUGAAAUAUGAAAACAUGAAAUAUAUAUAUAUUUUUAAACAAGAUUCUUGCACCACAUGCACAAGUAUUGCACGCUUUAUUGGCUAUAUAGGUUUCUAAUAUGUGUACCAGGACCAUAUAUUGAAUGAGGUGGAAGAAAGAUUUAAUCUCCCCCCAUUAUACCUUCUUCUUUUUCUUCUUCUUUUUUUCAUUGUUUUCAUCAGACUGAAGUGGAAGUGUCUUCCUUAGUGACUAAUAGACAACAAACUGUACAAUAUGCAGGUAUAUACAGAUAUAUUUCAGCACCUAACCAUUAGCCUGAAGAGCUCAGUUGAAAUGAAUCCAGUGUACGAGUUCUUCAAAACAGCCAACUCUAAGCGCACAAAUGAACGAUGAGCACAGAAGAGCGGUGUAUAAUAUCUAUAACACUGCACUCAGCUUUGCUGAACGACCAAAUCAUUCAUGUUUAAGGUAUUUUUCAGGACGUUAAAGGAUUCCGUCAGGCAUUUCAUUGCAUAUGUUUUUUUUUUUUAACCCUACGCGACAUGCUCACUUUGUUUAUCCUGUCCACUUUACGGAAAGCUUUCUUCAGCUCUCUUAAGCAUAUUGCAUUAAAUUGCCCAUUUCUAAUUUGAUUUGCUUACAUGCACCACUGCAUCAUGGUAACGAAACAGCAUUCCAACAGAAAACAUUGCGGUAUUAAACCUGAGCAUGCAUUGCAGAAGUGAAAUGUGAGCCAGAACUGCUAGAGGCAGUGAACAAGAAGGCUCUGUAUAUAAGUAAUUCAGAUAAAUUGGACGGAAUCCUGGCUAUUGGCUCCACUGAACUAAACUGUCACUCAGCACAUACGGGCGCAAACGCACACUUACUGUCUCACCUGUCUCUUUACUCAGGUGACUUACCUGUCUGUUUUCUCUUCUCUCUAACAGACCUCUUUGCAUCAUUCAACAAUUCAGUCAUUUCCACCAUAGGCUGUUCUCAUUAAAAUUCCUCCUUUAUGCAUAAUUCAUACACAGCCAACAGUCAAACAUCCAUCUUCUUUUUUUUCUUUUCUUCUUUUUUUACUAUUAUUUUCCUAUUUUCUACGCUAGAACAUUGAAACAGCACACUGAUUGUAGCUGGUGUGACUGAGCUACAGACUGAUUCUGCACGAGAAGCUAAUGAAAUCCUUCGGAUGAAAACGGAUAUCUUGUGUUAGCACAGGCGACUGAGUGUUCACACUCGUUCCUAUUUUUUUGCAAGUUCCGUUUGGGAAUAUCAGCUACAGCAAUCUGUUCCACUAUCCAUGAAAUAGACUACAGUUUGUAAAGCAAGCAUCAACCUCCAUCUGUACAUACUCACAUAUUUUGUAAUAAUUGUGCUUAUUAUUAUUAUUAUUAUUAUUAUUAUUUUAGCUUGUUCUUUCCUGUUGAUUAGGACUGCCUUUCCUCCACAUAUUUCCUUGAUUUCAGUUCAAUUGCAACACAUUCUUAGUCACACAGGUGUAUGAAAAUAGGCAAGUUGUUAUUAUAAAUAUAAAUGUUUAAUAAAAUCUUAAUCUUAUAGUUAAGAAAUUAUCCAUAUUCACAUUGCAAUUUUUCAUUUGUUUUCUUACCAAAACCUGAUUAACAGUGCUAGGACAAUUUCUGGCAAGUGAUGCUUGUGACCCAAUUUCCCCCACUGGUGGGAAAAGGGUAUCUGCCAUUCUAAAAAUAAAUAAAUAAAUAAAAAAAAUUCUAAAUAUCCUGUGUUAAAUGUGCUUCAGAAAUCUUUCAUCCACUUGGCCUUGGAUUGCUCAUCAUAUUUAUACUGAUUCACGUGCAUAAUGCCCCCUUGUCCUCACCCACUCAUACUCAAGCUCAGAAAUAUCAGCCAUCAGUGGACCCUAUGCUUCCUCUUGUCAUUAGCGCUGCCAAACAGACCGAGUGAUGCAAGCAGGUACCAUGGCAACCUGGCCCAAUCUCUGAACAGUAUCUUUCUGUCUUCUGCACAAAAAUCUCUAAAUCCCUUCGUUUUCUUUCAUGGAAACGCUUUAGUUUCGACAAUCCUGACCACUAGAAUACAACAUAGAUGUGACCUGACCUUAGCCAUUGUCCUUAAACCACUUUCCUAAUACUCAUACAUAUAAAGAGAAAUAAAGUGUGCAUUUUUUUCCUUUCUUUUUUUUUUUGGUACACCCCCCCCCCCAACAGCUCCUCCAAUGGAAUCAUGUCAGACUACAGGUGCUCUCGUCUCUGUUCUGCUUUGAUAUCUCUGUCCUUUAUCACUUUAAUUUAUUGUGUUUUUUUUCUUUUUCCGAAGCUAAUCUGCCUCUAUUGCUUAUGACAAAUAUUCCUCUUUUUGUAAAGUUUAUUCUCUUCAUUUUGUUAACUUUAGUCACUGCUAAUGUAACAAAAACGCACUGUGAUGAUCCCAGUAUUAAUAAAAGUUGUACUUAAACUGUGA